AUGAGCUUUUUGAUCCUGCCUACAGCUUAUUUAGGUGGUUGUGUUGCCACCAUGAGCGUGUUUUCAUACAUUUAUCGGCGUGCAACAAAUGUCAAGGUGAUUGAGCCAUGGUUCCCAGAGAAUGACGCCAAGGAAAAGUACAUUGCAUUGCUCAACACGGAGCCACCUGUCGCUGAACACCAUUUGCAGUCGGCCUUGCUACAACGUGCCAUGGAAGGUGUACGGCGUGUACUUGCAGUACAACAAGAGAAGCCUGCCCUAUUGCAGUUGUUGAAAACAGGUCAUUUGGGGGAUGAUGUAUGGCAAGAGUUCCAAGCUGCUGAACAAGAGACUAUGAGGGAGUUACAAGACAUUGCAUUGGAAGCCAAUACUUUUAAGGACAACUGGUCAAAGACGAUCUUCACCACGGCAAGUCAAAUGUUGGAGUCUGAUAAGCAAAAACAGGAUCAAAAAGCAUGCGAUGCUAUGCGUGAAGAAGUCAAGGAUAAUGAUAGAAAAGGGAAAUGUAGUUGCGAGGAUGAUCAUUGUGAAUAA